AUUUUAACUUGGAUGGCAACUGCCAUGUGGUUUUUAAAUAUUUGGUAUAAAUAGAAGCAAGAGAUGCGGUGUAAAUCAUUGAGGAUCUCCUGAGAAGGAACAUUCCCUGAAUUCGAAGGUGAUUAACGAUGGAGACUCACAUGCUUAUGUUGGUGGCCAUCUCUGGGUUGUUUUCUUAUUCUCAAGCAUCCCUGCCUCCUACAAAAUGCAGCACAUCCUAUGAUAAAGUAGGUGGCUUUAACGAUAAGGCGGACAGAACAAUGCCAAAGUUACUUAUAAAUGAUGGCAAAUUUCCGGAAGGGAAAACAUUUGAGGAAUCAGCACACAGCCUAGYCUGUCGAUGCGCUGCCAAGGCCAAAGAAAAGGGCUACAAGGUGUUUGGUUUACAGAACAUCGUGGAAUGCUGGAGCGGUCCUGAUGCUGAGAAGAACUACGAUAGAUAUGGCGAGGGUGAGGCAUCGAAGUUCUACCAGUUCAAUGGGAAACCUCCCUGUGACAAAUCUAAGGAACAAGAGUGUGUUGGUGGUCCUUGGGCUAACUAUGUCUAUCGUCUAAAAGAGGAGGUUCCAGCUCCUACCAGCCCAGCGUGUCGAUAUGCUCUUGGCCUUCAAUCGCAGGUUGUGAGCGAUUCCCAAAUGAGUGCCUCUUCUGAAUUGUGGAAUGCUAACCAUUUACCAUCCAGGGCAAGACUUGGUACAGUUAAAGAGAGCGGCAAGGCAGGCGCGUGGGCGGCAAGAACGAGUAAUGCRAACCAAUGGAUCCAAGUAGAUUUGGGUAAAGUUGUCAAGGUUACUGGUAUCGCAACACAAGGUCGUCAAGAUUUUAGCCAAUGGGUAAAAUCCUAUUCUUUGCAAUACAGCUUGGAUGGAGGUCAUUUUGAAGACUACCAAGGAGGUCGAGUGUUGACGGGAAACAGUGACCGUAACAGUAUAGUUGGCCAUAUUUUGGAGCCCGCCAUUAUUGCAAGAUACAUCAGGAUCCGUCCCAAGUCUUGGUAUGGACACAUAUCUCUGCGAUUCGAAGUCUACGGAUGCACUUAAUUUUCCCCCCCCCUCCCUUGUUUUUAAACCCACACCGUAAGUUAACCAAUCAUCAAUAAGAAUUAUGUAGACAUAAAUGUAAACACUUGACUAGUAAUAAAGCAAGCCAACUAAAAAAAAA